UCCGAUAGUCCGGGAAUCCGGAGCGAUGGCAAGCGGGCGAACGCGCACGCAGCAAGUGCUCCGGUGUCUCGCAUGGGGAACAGCCGAAGGGAGAGUGCCCGGCGUCGAUACGAAGAGAAUGGCGAUCAUGGUCUUCUCGCAAGGGAGUCGAUAAUCCAAUCCUCAUGUUGUUGAUUCAGCUCGAACGGAUGAGUCUGCGCUGCAUCGGUGCAACGACUUUGAACUCUCUGCGAGGUCGUUGCUUCCGCAGCAUCCUAUGUGAUGAAUUCUGAUAAUCGCGCCUUGCGUCUCCCCCUUCCUCCGGGUGUUGGGUGUUCAUGCGUGAUGUUAUGAGCUCUAUCAGCUGGCUGUCAGUCUAGAGUUCAGCUAUGGCCGAAGGUGGCACGGAGCCAAAGUCUAUCGACGGUCAGGCUCCUCUUACUCGGGGUCAGUUAGAGAUAAACGAAUGCCUCGGUAACUGGUUGACGUACUUACAGACACUUAACGGCCUAUGUACAGCUGGCACUAAGCUGGCCCAGUCCCUGCAAGCCCUCCUCUCCGUGCACGACACAGUGGCGCAUUGCCGCCUGACAGGCCAGUGCCUGGCUGGAUGGGAAGAGCUGACGAGGGCCACGCACAUCGCCAGCAAUACUGUUAAAAAUCACGUGAUUACUGCUUUGAGAGAUCACGAGUGCCGCGACAAUGAUGGGGACAAGCACGAUAUUCUCAGGGAAAACCUCCUGACGUUUAUAAACUUGCAAUACCAAUUCUGCGUUGCUUGUUGCGAGUGCUUAGGUGGCAUGGCGGAAUGUUCUUGUCAAAGCGGUAGUGGUGAAUGUGACAUCGCCGCGCUUCAGCAAUGCUUCGAGCGUCUCUACAGCUCGCCGAUACCGUCAGUGCCCUCCUCGUCCACUCAACAGUCGGCGCAGAAUUGUCAAAGGUCCCCCUUGCCGUAUUCGUUAUUUCCUCUGCAGGUUCAGAGGAGAUGGUCGGAAACGGCGGCGGCGGAAAUGUCGGGCGAAUCUGCCGAGAACACCAUGCGACGCUGGUCGAUGCCCUGGGACUGCAAGCAUGUUAUAGAAUGGCCGCGUCAGGACGCGAGAUCGAGAUUGAGAGUACCGCAGCAGGAUCGCAGCAGGUCGAUCACGCCAGAUUCAGUGUGGAAAACGUCCACGAUGACUAGUCAAGACGGUCUUCAGGAAGCUAUUCAGUUACUGUCCUGCAAGCCAGGAGUCCGACCGUCCAAUCAACUCUCGGCUUACACUAGUCAGCAUAUCCCGGGCGUCACCUUGACGACCUGCAACUUCGACUCGAAUUACGACUCCACCAUCUGGCCGGGCUCGCGUAGGAUAGGUUCACCUAGAUGUUGGCCUCAGGACUCCAGCGAUCAUUCCGAUCAUUCCGGGCACCGCGAUAGCGAUCACAGUGUUCACAGCGGCGAGCAUAGGGAUUCGGAACAGAGCGGUGCUAGCGGCAGUCAUGGCGAUAGCAAAGACAGCAUUCACUCGCACUGCGAUCAUAGAGAAACCGAAACUGGUACAAUGGACACACUGCCGUCUCGCAAGAGCAGCUCGUCAACCGAUUCCUGCAUUUCGGCGCAUAGCCGAUCGGGCUCGGAAAGUGCGGGUGGCGGGGUAAAUAAACGAGAUCAGUUGUUCCCUAAGUGUUAAGAGCACGGUGAGUGUAUGAGGUCGCAAUUGUACUCGAUGUGGAGCGGCGGUGAUCUGUCCUUCAUCAAGUUGCCGGAAAGCAACGAGGUGCAAGAUGAACAUCCACCCACUUAGAUAUCCGCCACUUGCUGUUUAUUUAGAGUGUAUCCAAAAACAAUCAAUUUUUGGAUUACUGGACCACAAAAUAAUUCUUUCUGAAGAAUCACAAGCUAAGAAAAAACACAGAAGAUAAUAUGGAAUUUUCAUCAAGAAUUUACAUUGUUUCAUUCUAUAGGAAAUUGCUGAGGAAAUCAAGACUGUGGAUAUAUCGAAUGGAUAUAUAAUAUUUUGUGAUCCAAUGAUCCGAACGUACAUCGGCGUCACGAUGAAACUUGUUGAUUCGUUAAUUCACCUAGUGAAUUAGACUUGACCAAUUUUAUUCACGAUGUGCAUACAUGUUUGAUAUCUGUGAACGCGAUACAAUACAUACAGCGCGAGUUAGUACGUGCAUAUUGAUUGUGCAACUAACCAUAAAAAAAUAUAAAGAACGUUAUACACGCAUACACAGAUUUAUGCACACAUAAUGCUCAUUUGGUAAUGUUAUUUAUCAGAUGAGCAUUUUGUGUUAUAUAUCGCUGUAAAUCGUAAAACGUAACGCAAUACGAAUUCAAAACUCCGGUCGAAAAAUCGCAUUUAAACACUGUCUAUUAAUCUGUACUAAAUAUUACGAAAUGGGACUCUCUGAAUAAAAAUAGACUUCCUAUACAUCACGUAACAACGUUCGUAUAUAUAUACAGAUGUACGUAUGAUCCAAUCGGACAGAUUCAUUCUGUUCCUUUGUGAGAGACCCUUCGAAUUUUAAUCGAUACCAAAGUGCGUGUACAUGUAAUUGUUAUUUCCGUCUCAUCGGAAAUAACGGUUAGCGCAAACUUGGGGAGUGUCCUCGCACACCUCGCUAAAUAUCAUUACCCGAUCGUUCCCGAAGCAUAUCACAUUCUAUUCCAACACUUUACAUCGUCCUAAUCGCGAGCUACGCAUACAUUGUCAGAUGUACGGUAUCGUUCACAAAUUCUUGUCCCGCAUAUCCCCGCAUAUGUUACGUAAAUAGAAUUCAGUAUGUCUGCAUGUUACACAAAGGAUGAUCAAAUAUUGUACAAUAAAAAUCAGUAUCGG